AUGGACGCUGUGGUGACCCAAAUCCAAGACCUCUUCGAAGGUCAAAUAGAUUUCGAUGGACAGUAUCUCGCCGAACAACUUUACAGUUCUAUUCUGUCCAUAUUCUCGGUUGUCGCUCUCAUAGCGGGCUACAUCCAGCAAGACAUCUUCCUUACCAUGUGGAUUGCUUUAGCAGGUACCCUGACGGCCAUGUUCCUCGUUGUCCCUCCAUGGCCUGUAUUCAACCGACAUCCUCAACCAUGGUUGGGUUCCAAGGCUUCUCUCCCGCCCGGUGGAAUACUUGUUCGCGAUGGCAAGGGAAGAUAG